AAAGAUCGUCCCAACUCCAGUUUCCACAUGAAGAACCUGAUAACAAGCGCCUUUGACUUGUUCAUUGCUGGAACUGAGACAACGAGCACCACCAUACGAUAUGGGCUUCUGCUCCUUCUCAAAUACCCAAAGAUACAAGAGAAAGUUCAAGAAGAGAUUGACCAGGUAGUAGGACGAUCAAGAAAACCGUGUGUGGCUGACCGGACCCAGAUGCCCUACACAGAUGCGGUGGUCCAUGAAAUCCAGCGCUUCAUCGCUCUUACACCCCUUGGUCUCCCCCACACUGUGACCAAAGACACCAGSUUCAGAGACUACAUCAUCCCUAAGGGCACCACGAUUUUCCCCAUCCUCAGUUCUGUCCUGCAUGAGAGUAAAGAGUUUCCAAACCCAYAUGAGUUCAACCCUGAACAUUUCUUGAACAAGAAUGGCACCUUUAAGAAGAGCAACUUCUUCAUGCCCUUCUCAGCAGGAAAACGAAUAUGCCCCGGAGAGGGCCUGGCACGAAUGGAGAUAUUUUUACUCAURACCACCAUCUUGCAGAACUUUACCUUGAAGUCUGUUGUCGACCCCCAGGAGCUCAACAUAACCCCAACACUGAGUGGGACAACCAAUGUGCCUGCUUUCUACCAGCUCUGUGCUGUUCCCCGCUGAAAAGCACAGAACCACUCUCCACAKUGUCCUGAGCCUGGCUAUUCCUUUAUGUCUCCUUUACUAAAAUCAGGAGCAUUGGCUCACCUUUCCCAGGCCAUCAGGAAGGCAGUCCAAACACAGGAACAAAGAGGAGACCUCUGAAGCCUCCCAGAGCUCUACACAGUGCAGGAGCACCAGGGUGAUGCUGCAGCCCCUUGCACUGAUGCUCUGCCACAGGAUCAUUGAGUGCAGUGGCUGCAUGAACAGUUGGUUUUCUCCCCAACACAGCUCCCGUGGUGGCUCCCACAGAAAUUGUCCCACCAAGAGACUGCUUGGCAGAUGGACAGUGCUGCAUCUGUGUACAUUCAUGAUCCCAUAAAUAAAAAUCUAUUUAUGAAGA